GGAUCCACCGGAUUGCUUGUUACAUUAAAAGCCGAAACCCUAGACGUAUAUAAACCGCUCACCAUCUCUCUCUCCAAGACCUGCACCUCCAUUCGCUUCGUCAGUCGCCGCUGCUCCCUCUCCCCUCCCUCCUCGCUCCGUCGAAGGGUUAAGUUACCAAAAGGAGUGAAGAUGGCUUAUGCUAUGAAGCCGACAAAGCCGGGUUUGGAGGAAACCCAGGAGCAGAUUCACAAAAUCAGGAUUACUCUGUCCUCCAAGAAUGUUAAGAACCUUGAGAAAGUGUGCACUGAUCUGGUGCGCGGGGCAAAAGAUAAGCGUCUCCGGGUCAAGGGACCGGUGAGGAUGCCCACCAAGGUUCUUCACAUCACAACUAGGAAGUCACCUUGUGGAGAAGGAACCAACACCUGGGAUAGAUUUGAGCUCCGUGUCCACAAGCGGGUCAUUGACCUCUUCAGCUCUCCGGAAGUCGUCAAGCAAAUUACCUCCAUCACUAUCGAGCCAGGUGUGGAGGUCGAGGUUACCAUUGCGGACUCUUAAGUCACUUUUGCUACGACGAGUGUCUGUGAGAGAUUUAUUGUGGUUGAGAUAUGUAGGGGAUUAUAUAGCUUUGUUAUCAACCCAGUUAUGUCUUGACAAUUUUUGAAGUCUUUUUGAUAUGCAGAAGGAUUCUUGUUU